AUGAGUUGCUUGCUGCUCACACCACUGCUCCUGCUGCUGGUGCUGCUUGCUGCUGCUGCUGGCAAGCUCAAGCCCCUGAGCUCCAGGUGCAGCAUGCACAGCCCUCAGCACGCUGCUGCAAGCGCCACCCCCAUGCAGUACCAGGCCUCUCACUUUGACCUUCAGGAGAUCACCAAUGUUGGCAUUGAGCGCAUCUUGUGCAAAAGCAGCUUGGGCAACUUUAAGAUCAACCUGGGCAGCAAGGCGCUGCACUUUGGCUUUGCCUCCAUUCCAGCCUCUGUCUGCGCGCUGCCUCAGUGUCUUGUGGUUGUUCAAUACAUCCCCGCAACUUGCUGCAGCCAAGCCAACAAGCAGAACCAGCACAGCUCCUCCUCUCUCCCCCUCCACCACAACAACUAG